UCCCCGGGGGAGCACGCGUUUUCCUUUUUAAAAGCGCAGAUCUGGGCCUAUAUUUAUUUGCAGAUUUGUUUGCUUGGUCUCAGAAUCGCGUCGCGACACGAGCUCAUCUUAUCUCGUUUAGGGUAAAGAAACCAUCGGUAUAUAUGUGUCGAUAUCUUUUCUGCUUUCUUGAAGACUGAAAAUAGUCAUGCCGGACAAUCGGGCUAUUUUGACGCUCUUUUCGCUUGUCUUGGUUGUCCAAGUUUCGCUAGCCCAAGAUUCCUGGCGGACGUACAAAGACAGACAGUUUUUAAUCGUAAAAGAUCCAAAAGCAUGGCGGAGCGCAUUACAACAUUGUCGGAAAGCAGGCGGCGAUCUCGCCAUUGUUGAGAACCAAGACGAGAACGACUUCAUCGUGGCCAUCAGAAACAAGGACGUCAGCAAUCUUUGGAUCGGGAUCAACGACAUAAGGGCUGAGGGGACUUGGAUGACAGUCAAAGGCGACCCAGUUGCUUUUACAGGUUGGGGUGGCUCUGAACCUAAUGACCUAGGCAACAACGAAGACUGCGCAGAAAUCCAACAAAGUGGGAGCUGGAGUGACAGGGAUUGUAGCUCGGCGCAAUCGUUCGUGUGCGAGAGAAAACUACAAUGGACGAUCAACAAGAACAGCCAGUACCUCUACGUCGACGAAGCAGUCACGUGGUCGGAAGCAGACAAACACUGUGCGUCUGUGGGUGCAAGCUUGGUGGUUAUUGAAAACCAAUCGGAAAAUGACUACCUGCUAGCCCAGAAGUACCCAGGCGCUCAGUUCUGGAUAGGUGCCAAAGACACGUCCAAGGAGGGGACUUUUACGACACCUGCCGGAAAGAAGUUGCCUUUUACACGCUGGAUACCAGGCCAGCCCGAUAACGCGGCAAACAACGAAGACUGUGGAGAGUUUUUCGCCAGUGUUGGGACCUAUGAUGGUUUGUGGAACGAUAUGAACUGUCUGGCAAAACGGCCUUAUGUAUGCGAGAGAUACUAUUGCCCAACGACAUCCGCUGACAUCGCCUUUGUAUUGGACUCUUCAACAAGUGUCGGUGAAAGCAAUUUUAACAAAAUGAAAGACUUUGUCCGGAAUUUCGUCAGUUCGUACGUCAUCAGCAACCAAGAUGUUCAGAUAAGCUUGCUUCAGUACAGCGACAAACCCGCCAUCGACUUCCAUUUCAGCAACGUAUCAACUAAAGCAGAAGUUCUUCAAGCCAUAGAUAAAGUUCAGUAUCGUCCUGGGGGUACCAAUACCGGUGGCGCCAUCAGAGAUAUGUGGCAGAAUCUAUUCAGCGACAAGAAUGGCGCACGCCCUGGCGUCACCAAGAUUGGUAUCGUUGUGACUGAUGGAGAAUCCCAGAACCCGUCGCUCACCACAAAAGAAGCUCAGAAUGCCAGAGAUCGGGGUAUCAACAUGUUUGCAGUUGGUGUUGGACCAAAUGUUAAGACAACGGAAUUAAACAGUAUAGCGUCUGACCCUGAUAACCGACAUGUGUUCACAGUAUCGAGUUUUGCCGCCUUUGCCUCCAUACAGGCAGACAUUGCACGACUUUCUUGCACAGCCCAGCCGUUGGCACCUAAACCCUCAGCCGUUUUGCAAAAAGGUUGCACGCAAGCUGACAUAGUUUUCAUAGUGGACGGUUCGGGCAGCGUCAGCCAGCUAAAUUUCCGCAAGCAGAUGGACUUCAUCAAAGACGUAGUCAGAGAUUUCGACGUGGAUGGAGGAAAAGUUCGUAUUAGUGUAAUUGAGUUCAGCACCAAGGCAAAUAUAGCCUUCAACCUGAGCAGCUACAACACAGAAGCCCAGGUACUACAGGCCAUAGAUCGGAUCCAGCCAAGCCAGGGAGGAACGAGCACCGACAUUGCUUUGAAACUGAUGAGGACCGUCAGUUUUACUCCGGGGAAUGGGGACAGGCCAGGAGUACCCAACAUUGCCGUUCUGCUCACCGAUGGUCAGCCCCAGAGCGUCCAGGGAACGGUUGCCGAGGCAACCUAUGCUAAACAGGCGGGCAUCAACGUAAUGACCAUAGGGGUGGGCACGGCUAUUGAUAUGCGGUUCCUGGAACAAGUGGCUAGUCCUCCAAAAAAGACAAACGCGUUCAAUGUGUAUGAUUUUGACACGUUUUACUGGAUCAAACAGCAGUUGUUGCAAAAUACAUGUCCAGUUGACGGACAGUGGACUGCCUAUGGCGCCUGGACAGCUUGCAGCGCCACCUGUGGAGGCGGCACACAGUACAGCGAGAGGACUUGCACCAACCCAGCACCUGCCAAUGGCGGAAAGCCGUGCGUAGGGGCUGCCAGAAGAACCCGAACGUGCAACACGGCCGCUUGCCCUAAUGUAUGCCAAGCUAAAGCCGACAUCACCUUCAUCCUUGACGGCUCCGCCAGCAUUCAGCCAGCGGACUUUACGAAGCAGCUGGACUUCGUCAAAUCCAUGGUCAGAAAGUUCAGCAUCGGUCCAAACGCCGUCCAGAUCGGCGUCGUUCAGUUCGCUAGCGAUGCCACCCAGGAGUUCGAUCUCAACACUCACAGCACCGAGGCGGCUAUGCUGGCAGCCAUUGGCAAUAUCAAGCAGAAGAAGGGCGGUACCCAGACCCACCUCGGUCUCGAGCAUGCGCGCACAAGCAGUUUCACCGUUGCCAAGGGUGACAGGGCUAAUGUACCCAACAUAGCCAUAGUUAUGACGGACGGAGUCUCUGUUGACGGCGCGAAAACCGCCACAGAAGCCGGCAAUCUUCAAAAUGUGGCCACCGUGUAUGGACUGGGAAUAGGGCGCGGUGUCAAGGAAGCGGAGUUGCAGGCCAUUGCUACCAAUCCAGACAGCAAGUUUGCCAUCACCGUGGCUGAUUUCAGCGCUCUCAGCAAUAUAGAGACCCAGCUUGCUACAGAUGCUUGUGCGCAGGCUACUGCGGCACCAGUAGUGAUAACCACCACCCCUGCACCAAUUUGCAAGGGCCAGGCAGACAUAACGUUCAUCUUGGACGGAUCUGGCAGCGUCAAACCACCCGACUUCGCCAAACAACUGCAAUUCAUCAAAUCUUUGGUGAAGAAAUUCGGCGUCGGACCAAACGCAGUACAGGUCGGCGUCCUGCAGUUCUCUAAUAACGCGGUGCAGGAGUUCAACCUCAACUCUCACAGCACCGAAGCGGCCAUUUUAGCCGCAGUGGACAAAAUCAAGCAGAAGACCGGCGGAACCAACACAGCUCUGGCCCUCUCCACCGCCCGCACCAGCAGUUUCACGGCUGCUAAAGGCGAUCGGCCGAACGUCCCGAACAUCGCUAUCGUAAUGACCGACGGCGUGUCCGGCAACAAGGGGGCGACCACCACAGAGGCGAACAAGCUGCGUAAUGUCGCAUCCGUGUACGCUAUCGGCAUCGGCAGUAAUGUCAACACUGACGAGCUGAAGGCCAUGGCUAACGACCCGGAUAGCAAAUAUGUCUUGACUGUUUCAGACUUCAGUGCGCUGUCUAAAAUAGAGACGCAGUUGGCUACGGACGCUUGUGCACAACCAGUGACAGUGCCACCCACCGUGAAAACUUGCCUAGAUGCCGCCGAUAUUGUGUUCGUAUUGGACGCCUCAGGUAGCGUACAGGCCCCUAACUUCGAGAAACAACUGGACUACGUAAGGGAUGUCGUCAACGGUUUCAACAUUGGACCAAACGCCGUUCAAGUCGGUGUGAUGACGUUCGACUCCACCACGCACGAGCAAUUUAGCUUGAAAAAGUUCUCCUCCAAGGCUGCUCUUCUGAACGCCAUCUCGGCCAUCAAGUACACUAAAGGAACCACCAAUACUGGCGCUGCAUUGAAAUACAUGAGGGAGACGAUGUUUACAGCUGCGAAGGGUGACCGUCCUAACGUCCCCAACAUUGGUAUCGUGAUGACCGACGGCAGAUCGAACAACGCCGCCAGUACGCUUGCUGAGGCUGCGGAAAUCCACAAGGCCAAGACUGCCACCAUGUUUGCCGUUGGUAUCGGCAGUGGUGCUAAACAGUCCGAACUCGAGGCUAUUGCAUCGGAUCCCGACAGCACCCACGUUUUCUCUGUGGAGAAUUUCAACGCCCUGGGGUCUAUGAAGGGGCUGAUGACCCAGGCGGCCUGUAACGCUGCGCCAAAGCCGACCGUACCUGUUAGCACCGCAAAUCAGUGCAAGGCCAAGGCCGACAUCAUCUUUGUCAUCGACUCCUCGGGAAGUGUUGGAACUGCCAACUUCCGCACCACUCUGGACUUCGUCAAGGACGUCGUGAACGGCUUCGACGUCAGUCCCACGACUGUGAGAAUAGGCGCUCUCCAGUUCAACAGCAAGCCUUACCUCGAGUUCCACUUGAACCAGUAUUCCAAUAAACCCGACGUUCUUAACGCCGUUGACAAGAUACCGUACAAACGCGGCAGUACCUAUAUCUCUGAAGCCAUAAAAUAUGCCAGUGAGAGUAUGUUUACUACCGGUACUGGUGACAGGCCCACGGUGCCAAAUAUGCUCUUUGUGAUAACAGACGGAACAUCCACCAAUGGAGCCCAGUUUAGCAAGGCGGAGGCUGAUAAAGCUCGGGCGAGAGGGAUUGAGGUGUUUGCGAUUGGUAUUGGAAAGGGCAUCAACCAAGCAGAACUUAACAACAUCGGUAACGACCCGGAUGCAGGUCACGUGUUUAAGGUGGACAGCUUCAGUGCCCUGGGUAAUAUCAAGGCACAAUUGCAGGCCCAAAGCUGUCCGAAACCGGGAGUCACUGUGAAACCACCGGUAGAGACAUGCGUUGACAAAGCAGAUUGCUCCAGAUACGCAAAGGACGUUUGCAACCAAUACCCCGAGUGGAGCUCAGAUAACUGUAAACUCUUCUGUGGAUUGUGCACAACUGUGAUACCACCUACUUACCAAAAGUGUGAAGACAAAUUGCCAAACUGUGCUGCCUACACCAAGAGUGACUGCAAGACAUACCCGUCCUGGGCCACCACCAACUGUGCCCUGUUCUGCGGGUAUUGCUCUGGACAAGUAACUGGUGGUUAUUAUGGCAAGUGUUCGUAUAAAAGCAACACGUACACCCAGGGACAAACCUGGCAAGAUGGCUGUGACUACGAGUGCACGUGCGUUGAUGCCAGCAGGGGAGCCUACCAGUGUAGCGAUUUGUGCCCCUAUUAUUACAAUCUCCCAUCAGCGUGUCGCCUCGUGAAGACAGCAGGAGAAUGUUGCGCCAAACCCGUGUGUGACUGGGGCACCACCUUCGGCACCAUCACCGGCACCAAUGUGGGCACCCUGAACGGACAAAAUGUAUGCGUGUACAAGGGAUCGAAGUACUACCAAGGCCAGUCUUGGCAGGAUGGCUGUGAUUACAACUGUAUCUGUGUAGACGGGAGGACGGGUUAUUACUCGUGCCAGAACCAGUGUCCGUCAUACUCCAACCUUCCCUCGGUCUGCAAGAUGAUCUCCAAGCCCGGGAAAUGUUGCGAGGAGCCUUAUUGUGAGUGGCCAACCAACUACGGCUCCUUCACUGGAACAGGAAUGAUUUCUGGAACCGGAACCAAUGCGAAACCUACCGCCCCGCCCGUGUGCAGAGACAAGCGCCCCAACUGCCCCGAUUACAGUCCCAGCAUAUGUACGGAACCAGUUUACAAAGGAUGGGUGCUGGACAACUGCAAGAAAUGGUGCAAUCUGUGCAAUGCCCCUGCUGUGCCUGGUCCAAACGAUGUCUGUUUGUAUAAAGGAAGUACAUACACCCAAGGUCAGACGUGGCAGGACGGAUGUGACGUAGAGUGCACGUGCGAAGACGCCAUAUAUGGAUACUACAGAUGUAACAACAAGUGCCCUCAGUACUCUUCCCUGCCAGCUGCCUGCAAACUGGUGACUGUAGCUGGACAGUGUUGCCAGCAAGUGCAGUGCUCAUCCGGGUCUUUCGUUGGGACUGGCGGCACAGGAACUGCUACCGGAGUGGUCACGCUGCCAUCACCAAGCCCGUCAACAGGGGGCCCUGGAGGACCCGGAACCGGAACUGGAACAGGUCCCCAACUACGUGGCUGUCUGUACAAGGGACAAUUAUACGUCAAAGGGCAGAGAUGGAUGGAUGGAUGUGAUUACAACUGCGUGUGUGAAGAUGACGUCACCGGAAGCUAUCGGUGUGACCAGAGGUGCCCUUUCUAUCCCAGUGUCCCCUCACAGUGUACCAUGGAAGAAGACCCUAUCGACACCUGCUGUAAGAAACCAAACUGCCCAACUGGCUCAGGCAUCUACCCAAUACCGAUCUUUGGCAAAGGCUUCAAUGGGUUUGGUCCCGUAGGUGGUCAGGGUACCGGAACCGGAAGUGGUACUGGGACAGGCACUGUGGUUAUCCCAGGUACUGGCUCUCCGGUCUUACCAACGACGGGCACCGGCACUGGCACCGUGAGAAACGUGUGUAAAUACAAGGGUACGAAUUACGCCCAAGGCGCCAAGUGGGCAGAUGGCUGUGACUACGACUGUGAGUGCCAGGAUGCAUCCAGAGGAUUCUACAGCUGUAAAGAAACGUGCCCAAGGUACAGCAAUCUCCCCAGCGCAUGUCGUCAAGUGCCGGACUCCACGUCUCCACGCGGCUGUUGCAGUAAGGUCCAGUGUGACUGGACAACAGGCUCUGGAACCACUAUCGUAGGGGGCGGUAAUGUGGGGCCAACACUGGCUCCUAAACCAGGCACGUGUGUGUAUAAGAACAGAUAUUACAACCAGAACGACUGGUGGUACGACGGGUGCACGUUCAGAUGCGUAUGUGAAGACGCCUCCACGGGAUACGUAAGAUGUAACUACAGGUGUCCAUCAUACAACAACCUUCCUUCCAACUGCCGACUGGUUGAUGAUCCUAAUGGAGACAAAUGCUGCAAGGUGCCUGUGUGUACUCCAACUGGAACUGGUGGCACUGGUACAGGCACCAUUGGCCCGGGCACUGGCGGUACUGGGACAGGCACGGGUAUAACUGUCACCGGCCCCAAUGGCCCUAUUAUCAUCCCAACACUUCCCGUCGGGUCAUUUACUGGUAUAGGAACCAUUCCAGGCGGAUCAGUCACUGGACAGAGGAACGCUUGUGUCUACAAAGGACAAACCUACUACCAGUACCAGGUUUGGCAGGAUGGCUGCGACUACAACUGUGAAUGCACUGACGCAACAAGGGGCAUGUACCAAUGCACAGAAAGAUGUCCACGCUAUGCCAGCCUUCCAGCUAACUGCCAACUGGUGCAAGAUCCUCAGAAUUCCUGCUGUAAAGUUCCUCAGUGUGGAGCAGUUGUUGCACCUACCACCCCAAGGGUACCCACCACCCCCCGGGCACCCACCACAAAGGCACCCAAUCCUCCAACUAUCAAACCUACGUUUGCCACACAGAAACCAGUAACCGGCAGUCAAACUGGCUGUGUCUACAAGAACAAGAUCUACGCUCAAGGUGCAAGGUGGGACGAUGGUUGUGAUUACCGGUGCGUGUGUGAAGACGGUACUAUUGGCAGAUACAGGUGUACCCAGAGGUGCCCGACGUUCGCCAGCUUAGACCCACGCUGCACCAUGAUUCAGGAUCCAAAUGAUGCCUGUUGUAAAGUGCCUAAAUGCGACUUUGGCACAAAUACUGGUGGCACUGGAACUGGAACCAAUCCUGGAGGCACUGGAACUGGAACCAAUCCCGGAGGCACCGGAACUGGAACUGGAACCAAUCCUGGAGGAACUGGAACUGGAACCAAUCCUGGAGGCACCGGAACUGGAACUAAUCCUGGUGGCACUGGAACUGGAACCAAUCCUGGCGGCACCGGAACUGGCACCGGAACUGGCACCAAUCCUGGAGGCACCGGAACUGGAACCAACCCUGGUGGGACAGCAACAGGAACCAUUGGAACUGGAAUUGUUGGAACUGGUGGAGGUGGGUGCUUGUACAAGACACAAGUGUAUGCUCAGGGACAGACAUGGCAAGAUGGCUGCGACUACAACUGUGUCUGCGAAGACGGAAACAUCGGCCGUUAUAGAUGUACACAAAGAUGCCCUGUCUAUGCAAACCUCGACCCACGCUGUAAAUUGAUCACAGAUCCCAAUGAUAGCUGUUGUAAGAAACCACAGUGUGACUUCAGCACUGGUGGUACUGGCACAAAUACUGGUGGUACUGGAACUGGUACUGGAACCAGCACUGGUGGUACUGGUACUGGAACCAACACUGGCGGCACUGGUACUGGAACCAGCACUGGUGGUACUGGUACUGGAACCAACACUGGCGGCACUGGUACUGGAACCAACACUGGCGGCACUGGUACUGGAACCAACACUGGCGGUACUGGUACUGGCACGGGGACCGGCACUGGUAGUGUCGUUAUAGGAAACGGAGGUGGAUGCCUAUACAAAUCAAGCGUGUACGCUCAAGGUCAAACAUGGGAUGAUGGAUGCGAUUACAAGUGUGUCUGUGAAGACGGCGUGGCUGGUAGAUACAAGUGUACGCAGAGGUGCGCAAGUUACGCUAACCUGGACCCACGCUGUAAAUUGGUCACGGACCCUGCUGAUAGCUGCUGUAAGAAACCUCAGUGUGACUUCAGCACGGGUGGCACUGGCACAAAUACGGGCGGUACUGGCACCGGAACCAACACUGGUGGCACCGGAACCAACACUGGCACUGGAACUGGGACAGGAAGCACUGGAACAAUUACCGGCACAACAGGUGGCUGUAUAUACAAAGGAGUAACUUACCAACAAGGUCAGCAGUGGGACGACGGCUGCACGUACAAGUGCACGUGCGUGAACGGAGUUAACGGCCUCUAUCAAUGCAAUGAAAGAUGUGUAACAUACUCUAACGUCCCAGCGUCCUGCAAAUUGGUCCCCGAUCCUGCUGACGCUUGCUGCAAGAAGCCAGACUGCUCAGGGGCAGGCACUGGAACUGGCACAGGAACUGGUACCGGAAGCGGGACUGUCGUAAUUCCUGGAAAUGGUAACGGAAGCGGAACAGGAACAGGAACUGGAACUGGAACCGGGACUGGCACCGGAAGUGGCACUGUUGUUAUUCCAGGGAUUGGAAAUGGAGGGGCAAUAAGCGGGUCCGCAAACGUAUGCAUAUACACUGACGGGAAAACCUACACCCAAGGGCAACAGUGGAGAGAUGGUUGUAAAUACAGCUGCACCUGCACAGAUGGUGUCUCUGGACGCUACACCUGUAACGCUUUAUGUCCGACCUGGCAGUUGCCGGCCGCCUGCCGUCUCGAUCCCGCUCCUGUCGGAAAGUGCUGCCAGAGACCCAACUGCCCAGCGGGUUACACACUGACGUAUCCGGCGGGUCUCACAGAGGCCACUCUUCCUUAGGAAGGAGCACUACACACAUGGAUUCUUCAUAGUGAAUCUAGCAUUCUAAAAAAAUCAGUGUUUAGACACAGAUGACUUAUAAGUUUUGAAAUAGAUAUUAUAUCUGGAGUAUUUGUUAUGGAAAAUAGAAGCUUGCCGCACAUUCGGUUCAUGAUUGGAAAACAACUUAUAUAUCUUAGUGCUAGCCUAUAUGACUGUGUAAUGAUUCAUUACCAGAACUGCAUUUGCAGCUUGACUGGCCUUUUGAUUCUAGAUGAAAGUAUUAGACGGGUCAUUUGUUGUUUCUUUUUCAAUAAAAUAUGUAGUGCAUUC